GAGACGAGUAGGGCGCGUCUGUUCACCGCGAAACGCAGAGGACAAUUCGGCCCACGAUUCCCACGCCUCUGUUUUCGUUUUGGUGGCUUUAUCCGCAAAGCGAGAGAGCGAGUCCCUUCUCCCUCUCCCAUCUUCUUAAACGGAGCGAAAGGAAGGUCGGCAGCGAGCAGCCAUGAAAGAAAACCAGGGCGCCGUGGUCCCGCCGACUUCCCCUCCUGCGAACCCGAUCGAGCAUCUGCAAGUCCGGUUCAAGGAACUAGAGACCGGCUUCAGGACGUGGCUCGCCAAGCAGCCUCUCCACGUGGAGGCCGCCGUCGUCACCGCCACCAGCGCCGCCCAGGGCGCCGCCAUCGGCGGCCUCCUCGGCACCCUCACCCCGGACGCCGCCUCCACCUUCCCCACUCCCCCUCCCCAGGCCGCCGGCCUCGACGCCCAGGCCUUGACCUCCUUCAAGCAAGCCCAGGCUUUUGCAGGUGGUCCCCUGGCACAAGCUCGCAACUUCGCAGUCAUGACAGGUGUCAAUGCUGGUAUAUCUUGUGUCAUGAGAAGACUUAGAGGACUGGAGGAUGUCCAAAAUAGCAUGGUGGCAGCUUUUGGUUCUGGGGCAAUGUUUUCAUUGGUUAGUGGCAUGGGAGGCCCAAACCAAGCUGCUAAUGCGAUCACAUCAGGGUUAUUCUUCGCACUUGUUCAAGGUGGCCUUUUUAAGCUGGGCCAAAAAUUCUCGCAGCCACCCGCUGAUGACAUGUAUUAUUCCCAAGCUAGAAGUAUGCUGGGAAACCUUGGACUUCAGAAUUAUGAGAAGAACUUCAAGAAAGGCCUUCUCACAGAUAGCACUCUGCCUCUCCUUACAGAUAGUGCUCUUAGAGAUGUCAAUAUCCCUCCUGGACCUAGGCUUCUCAUUCUUGAUCACAUUCAGAGAGACCCUGAAUUGAGGAAAGGAAGGCAGUGAAGCUGUUAACUGAAUUCUACAGAGAAAUCAUAGGUGCUCUACAUUGUUGGUCGCUGCUCUAGAUGAGCAUGUUUGCAUUUCUUCUAGUCAUUUUCUCAAAUUGCCACUUGGAGAUAAGCAGUAAACAUCAAAGGUUUAUCUUUGAGUUCUUCACACUUCACAAUCAGCAUUUUGUUUUAAUAUUUUGGUACUUUAUAGUGAACAUAGAGCCUAGAAAGCUUCUUUUUAGGACUACAGCUGUACUAGGCAAAUUCUUCUAUUGAUGCAUGUGCGUAAUGUCUUGGGUUAGGCUCGGGCUGGCCUGAAGUAGGAUUACUAACAGAAGAUGCUCUGGGGUAAUCUCCAAAAUGGCUACUGUUAUGAAUAAAGGGAAGGGUCUUGCUCUUGUGGGUGUACAAAUGGAAGUACAAUAUGCCUGUAGAGCAAAGGGAAACAUGUCAUGCCAAUUAUGAUGGGUCUUCAUCAUUUCUUUUGAGAAUGACCAGAGUGAAGUUAGUUGCUCGUCUUGCU